AUCUCAUUAGCCCAUGCUCAGCGCUAGGUGAACCAGCAGCGCCGCCACAUUAAGGCAGGUGUUCAACAUGGCGAACGCGGGGAGUCGGUGUCUCGCCACAACUCUUUCUUUCUUCCUGGUUUCGGCAGCUAUUCUUCUCAAAGGAGCAGCUCAGAUCCUUCCAGUUCAGGGCCAGAAUCUGGUGACGGACAACAUCUCCGUGGUGGAGGGAGAGGUGGCCAUCAUCAGCUGCAGAGUGAGGAACAAUGACGACUCCGUGAUCCAGCUUCUCAACCCCAACAGACAGACCAUCUACUUCAAGGACGUGCGACCCCUGAAGGACGGAAGGUUCCAGCUGGUCAACUUCACGGACAACGAGCUGCGCGUGUCCCUGUCCAACGUGUCGCUGUCCGAUGAGGGCCGAUACGUCUGUCAGCUGUACACCGACCCACCCCAGGAAGCCUACGCCGACAUCACUGUGCUGGUUCCCCCCAGUCCCCCCAUUCUGGAGGCGCGGGACGACCUGGUGAGCGAGGGCAACGAGACAGAGCUGAGCUGCACCGCCAUGGGCAGCAAGCCCGCCGCCUCCAUCCGCUGGAUGAAGGGCCCCGAAGAACUGCAAGGAGAGACCAUGGUGGAGGAGACCUAUGACCACAUGUUUACCGUCGUCAGCCGGCUCUCACUCACAGUCACCAGGGAGGACGACGGUGUGCCAAUCAUCUGCAUAGUGGACCAUCCGGCGGUGAAGGAUCUCCAGACCCAGACGUACUUGGAGGUGCAGUACAAGCCCGAAGUGAAGAUCAUUGUGGAGUUUCCCGAAGGCUUGACCAGAGAAGGAGAGAACCUUGAGCUAACCUGCAAAGCCAAAGGCAAACCUCAGCCACAGCAGAUUAACUGGGUGAAACUAGACGACGAUGUUCCCUCGCAUGCAGUAAUAAAGGGCUCGGACCUGCUCAUCGAGAACCUCAACAAGUCGUACAACGGCACGUACCGCUGCGUGGCCACCAACUCCGUGGGCGAGUCCUAUGAUGAUUACAUCCUCUACGUCUACGAUGUUCUCACCACCACCUCUGUUCCCACUUCCAAGACCCCUGUCCCAGACGGAAGCCGAGAUGCCACGUCCGACUUGGACCCUGCGGCCCACGACUCGCGAGCGGGCGAGGGAGCACCGCAGAAGAUGGACCACGCGGUGGUGGGUGGGGUGGUGGCAGUGGUGGUCUUCGCCAUGCUCUGCCUGCUGAUCGUGCUGGGCCGUUACUUCGCCAGGCACAAAGGCACGUACUUCACCCACGAGGCCAAAGGGGCGGACGACGCGGCAGACGCCGACACGGCCAUCAUCAACGCUGAGGGUGGCCACAACAACUCAGACGAGAAGAAGGAGUACUACAUCUGACCGGCCGGGCCUCCUCCUAUCGGACACUGAGCUGUUUGGGGCGGGGAGGGGUGGGGAGGGUUGAGCAG